CAGGAAUGCUCUGUCAGCAAUAUCAGUAUAUGAAUCGAAACCCUUCUCCAGCUCGCCAUGCCUCCUGUACCAUUAAUUGACUGAGUGGUAACAGGCAACACUUUUGGUACGCGAAGUCACACUAUUCAAGCCCAGCCCAAUAUCCCAUUCCCAUCCGACCUCACAACUCGUGCGAAAUCCUCAGUUGCUGUUCACUGGAUGGGUCUGCUCGAUCGGUUUCGCGGUUCUAAAAAGACUACCGCCAUUUUACCGACGGACAUCGUAGUUUUCAUCGUAGGUCCCUCUGGUUCAGGAAAGAGUCGGUUUAUGAGCAUUCUUUUGCAAAACACAAACGUUCACGUUCGAGUUAGCAAAGGUCAGAAUCCCGGCACCACAGAGGUUCAUGCGGAACGGUGUCGUUUUGACGGAAUGCAGAGUGACAUCGUCAUCGUAGACACACCAUCUUUUUACACCUACCUGGAUCCAGAUGGGGAAGAUGUAGUGAAAAGGUGGAUGGAUUCAAACUAUACGAAGCCGUGCAAAGCGGCUGCAGUGCUGUACAUGCAUAACCUUGCAUUCAAUGCAGGCGAUGCAAAUUUGAAGGUUUCGAAGCAUCUUGGUGCUUUCCGGCGUGCGUGCCGUCGAAAUCUCAUUCCUAGUGUCUAUCACGUCAUCCCAACUUUGUCCUACGGGGCAAGGUUGUCAAAUGAGAGGAUCGAAACUUCAGUGACUCAACUUCGAGGUCAAGCGAAUGAUGAAGGUGCACAAUUUUGUAGCACGUCGCCUGCCGGAAAACCCUUUGAUGGGAGACCCGAGACGGCGUGGGACGUCGUACAGGGACUCCUAGCCAGUUGUAUCUAAAAUAGCUGUGUACAUGAUCUACAACAAAGGUCAAUAUCACCGUCAGCUAAGCCGACAAUCAUAAUUAUGCGGUCAUGUAGCAUUGCGUGCGCAUGAGGGUCCAG